CGGGAGCUGCGGAGUUACCAUGGGAACCGAACCGCCGCGCCUCGCCUGGGACGGUUACACUUAGAGGCCUUCAUCAUCAUGAUGUUAAGCUGCCUCUUUCUUCUGAAGGCACUUCUUGCUCUUGGGUCCCUGGAAUGCUGGAUAACUGCGGGAGAACAUGCAAAAGAGGGGGAAUGCCCUCCUGAUAAGAACCCAUGCAAAGAGCUGUGCCAGGGUGAUGAAUUGUGUCCGGCUGGGCAGAAGUGCUGCACCACAGGCUGCGGUCGGAUCUGCCGAGACAUUCCUAAGGGGAGGAAAAGAGAUUGCUCCAGGGUUAUUCGGAAACAAUCCUGUUUGAAAAGGUGUAUCACUGAUGAGACAUGUCCAGGUGUAAAGAAAUGCUGCACGUUUGGCUGCAACAAGAGCUGUGUAGUCCCAAUCUCUAAACAGAAGCCGGCAGAGUUUGGUGGUGAAUGUCCUGCUGACCCCCUUCCGUGUGAGGAGCUGUGUGAUGGGGAUGCAUCCUGUCCCCAGGGGCAUAAAUGCUGCAGCACCGGCUGUGGCCACACCUGCGUCGGAGACAUUGAGGGAGGGCGGGGCGGUGAUUGUCCAAAAGUUCUGGUGGGCCUGUGCAUUGUCGGCUGUGUGAUGGAUGAGAACUGUCAAGCUGGAGAAAAGUGCUGCAAGUCAGGCUGUGGCCGCUUCUGUGUCCCACCAGUCCUGCCCCAAAAACUGACCAUGAACCCCAACUGGACUGUGAGGUCUGAUUCUGAAUUAGAGAUCCCAGUGCCCUAGCUGUGCUGAUUUGUCUGGAACUUCUGUGGUAACUCUGGAAGCUUUUCCUGGCAGUCAAGAGAGGGUGACGUCCUGGGGCUUGUGACAUUUCCAGGGGCACUCAUGGCCCUCUCUGCUCUGCUUCUCCUCCUGCCGCUGACCAGAGCGUGGGAAACAGCCCUGGAUUGGGCAGUGGGUGUGUGGUGCUUCUCUUUCCCAAUAAAGGCUGGUGCUGA